AUGGGCCUCCACGACACCUUCGACUUCGACGAACCCGCCUACAUCCUCAAAACCCGCGCGCGCACCACGCCGCAGCUCCAAGAAGAAGAGAUCCGCAAGCUGCGCCAACACUUCGCCGCCUCCUGCUCCAUCGGCGCCGGCGUCGGCCACUCGAUCCACAGCGCCGGCAUCUCGCUCGGCGUCUCCGCCUUCGGCCUGCGCCGGCUCGUCGUCGCCCGCCGCAAGCUGGCCGUCAUCCGCGCCGAGCUGACCGCGCGGGGCGUCCCCCUGCACGACCCCACCAAGCGCGACGUCGCCAUCCCCGUCGGCGCCGCCCUCGCCGGCAUGGGGCUCGGCGCCGAGAUCGGGAACCUCGUCGGCGGGAUGAUGCCGGCGCCCGAUUUGCCGCCGGGGACGCAUUUGGAUCAGGCGGGGUGCGUGGUGGGCGAUUUGGCGGGCGCGGGGGAGGGGUUCGUGCAUGGGUUGGCGGAUCAGAGCCAUGUCGUGGGACAUGCGGUGCAGGAGCAUGUUGCGGGCGCGUUGGCGGGGCAUGUGGGCGCCGAGGCGGCGGCGAGUGGCGCGGGUGACGCGGCGGGGAAUGGGCACGCGGUCGGGUAUGUGGCGGGGAUAUUGGCGGCGAAGAAGACGGAGGAGUUUAUUGCCGAGUGUGUGGGUGAGGCUGUGUUUGCGUAUGCGUUGGAGAAGAUGCUGGAUCCCGAGAUUAGGGCUGAGUUGGCGCUGAAGGGCAAGUGUAGUCGGUUGUUGGGGCCCCUGGGGCAGUAUUGUAGGGGGUGUGGGCAGUCGAUUAGGGAGGGAAGGUUUGCGCAUUGCUGUCAGGGUGCCGAUGACUAUGAUGUCUGCAUGCCGUGCUUCGCCAACGGCGUCAACUGCCAGUGUGCUGACCGCCAGAUGGUCAUCAUGCAAAAGUCUGUUGCCGGCGACGUGGUGAUAUCCGAAAAGGGAGACUCGUGUAGGCGACUUGCCAGUACCGGCGUGAACUGUGUCGGUUGCCAGAAGGAAGUCACCCAAGGUCGUUACUACUACUGCGAUUCUUGCAACCAAAGCAAGGAUGGGUAUGACCUGUGCGAGUCCUGCUAUGGCUCCGGGCAAACGUGCGAAACCCCAGACGAGCAUCGUCUAUACGUCUAUCUGAAGGCCAAUGUUUCGAACAAUGUCGGCCCCUACGCUUACGUCUCAUCCGAGGCUGUGCCUUGCAGCACCUGUGAGAAGCACGUGGAACAAGGGCCAUACUACCACUGCCCUCAUUGUGGAGAUUUCGCCAUGUGCGAGCGGUGUUACGAGAUGGGGCGGUCGUGUAGAGACCGUGAUGCCGGCCAUAUACUUAUCCGCUACUACGCCUACUCUGCCAUGUACUCGGUCUCUGGAGACUUUCACGACAAGACGUGUAGAUUCUGCAAAGGCGCAUUGGGCAAGUCAGGAGACUCUUUCUACCGUUGCACCAAGUGUGAUGACGGCCAUUACGACCUCUGCGGCGGUUGCUACACGAAAGGCGCAGGCUGCGAAGACCGGUCGCAUUCUCUGGCGAAGUUCACUAUCCAGUAA